GCUACGUAACCGUAGUCAACUUGAUUCGUUAGAAUAUAGCAGAAUGCGACUGAGCCGAAGUAUGCACUUUGGAGAGCAUGAUCGUUUUAUGUCUCACUCAGAACAUUUUGAUGCACCAUAUGAACCUGUUCCACCUUUCUAUCGACCGUCUGAUGCCUGGCAGCGCCCAUUAGGAUCACAUUCUUCUUACGCCCAUAGGAAUCAUACAAAUUAUUAUGGCAGAUCGUCAGGUUUCGAUAGAGAGUCACGUUGA